CAGAGCGUUCAUGUCAGAGCUGGAGAGAGAACGAGGUCUACCACACUCUCACAUGCGCUAAGGGGUGAACAUAUUACCUGCAGGCUUGGCGGUUAAGAAAGGAGAAAAACUCGCGUGAUGAGAGCUCAUGCCCAGCAAAGUGGAGUGAUUGUGGAGCUCAACCUCGCGGUAGCUGUCGGAAUAACGAUCUUCCCUAAACUGAUAGAUCUUCUCUAGGGAAAUGAACGGUUUUUGUAUUUUUUCUCCCGUCAUCCCGCCUAAUUCGACUUUUCUAGACUAAUUGGAAAUUUCUGCGCUGGUCGAACAACUGAACGAACCGUGUUUUGAUUGGGUCUAUAAGAUUGUCAUUGUCAUUUUGCCAAGAUGUUGUUGUCCGGAAUUCUCUACUCUUUUCUCUUGAUGACUUGCUUUAAAAUACUACGAAAUAUGAUCACCGUUAUGUAGACCAUGUACACAUGAAGAGUCUGGAAACGAUGAAUAUUUGAUUGUAAUGUUUCGGUUCCGAAACCAGAAGAUAUUUUGUUGACUGCUUCGGAUUUAAAAAAAGGUCAAAUAAGGUAAACAUAUCCGAUUGGGAUAAACUGGGAUUUCGCAUGAGGAAAGGCUGAUGAAAUGUGACUUCCACAAAUUCAUCUUAGGACUGAUACAAGUAUGAAAUCAAGUGGUUUCAGUCAAACCCAAUUGUGAUUCAAUCAAAGAAACUCAGGUAGUGUAUGACUUAUGCUGUUCACUUCGAAAAUAUAUCGUACAAAAUAUAUGUCUCAUCCCAGCAUUGAUAUAUAUUUCAUAGUUCUUUCCCGCUUCUACGUUAUUCCUGGAUAUCAUAGAAAAGACAAUAUUUUGAAGAAAAAAAUACAUCACGCUUACGAACAAGUUUCUACUGAAAGGAGAAUAUAUAUAGUAUAUAUUGCCACGUUAGACAAUAUACUUCACAGACCUAAUUUUAAAGCAAAUUACCAUUGUGAAUCAGUGGAUGCAUUGAACGCGAAAGACCACUGCUAAAUUCAUGGUGUGAGAAGACCUUAAUAUUGAGUUCCCAUGGUGACACACGUUCUGUAUCUCGGAGAAUCACCCGUUAUUAUUUUCACCUACCAUUACACCGCAUUGAGAUCACAAUGGAAAGUGAAUAUUUUGACGGAUACACGAUCGACUACGGUUACUUCGAAAACUUCUCGAUGGACCCGAAACACAUGUGCUAUUCACAACGAAGGGUAAAUCUUUCAGAUAUUACUGAUUUUCUCUACAUCGGCUAUGAACGGUGGGUUAUUUCACUUAUUCUUCCUCUGAUCCUAACGACUGGGUUGGUGUCCAACCUGGCAUUUCUCUACGUGGUAGCCCGCGUCCAGUCAAUGCGAACAGUUGUGAACCAAUACCUUGUGCACUUAGCUAUUGCAGACAUGCUCUUUCUUGUCGGUGCCAUUGGUAAGAAACUAUGGCAGUACUGCGAGUCACCGAUAAAGGACGACGAGGGCUCAGCCCUCGGACCCAUCAUGGUUAUAAUAAGCCAUCUGCUCGUUUACACCACCAUAUUUGCUUCAGAACUUCUUGUAACGCUUGUAGCGCUAGAACGCUUCUAUGCUGUAUGUAGACCAAUGGUAGUGUUUGCAGCAAGCUCAAACAACAGAAAGGUUUCAAACCUUCUUUGUUUAGUUUGGUUGAUUAGCGUAAGCCUUGCCGCAUCUACAAUACCUUCCAUCCUAAGGCCGGUAAAAAUCUGCAAUAUCUGGCCAGACGAGUAUAGUUACCUGCAAGAUUCGUAUGUCAAGUAUUCCGGGAUUAACCUAAGUAUCCAAAUAUACACCUACGUUAUCCAGACAGUGCCAUUCUUUGUUGUGAUGGUAAUCAACAGUAUACUGUAUGUCUGGAUUAUGAAGGAGAUGGAAAGACGUCUUAAGGCCAUGGAACGGCAUGACCUUGACUUGCAGACUAAUGUGGAAAUUCGAAACCAAGUAUCGCGAAUGUUAAUUGCAAACGGAAUAAUAUUUUUCAUCCUCAUGGCUCCGUUUCAAUUCGGAUCUCUUAUCAAUGUGCUUCAUAAACUGUUAGAUUCAAAUUUUGCUGUUAAUGAUCACGAGAGUUUCCUCUAUAUCGCUAGAUUAAUGGUGUAUUGCAACUCAGCCAUAAAUCCUAUAAUCUACAAUAUUUCAAAUUCACGAUAUCGAGCAGCUUUUGAAGAAGCAUUUUGUAAAAAGUGGUGCCAAAAAAGGAGAUCGCGGCGACGCCCCCCAAAGCAGCUCGGAAAUCACAGCUCUGUAUACGCUACGUCGAUCACGAAAGCGUCUAAUAGCGAUUCUAGUCUAGCUGGAAACCCACCAAAUAAUGGUAAUGAAACAUGUGUCUAAACACCGCCACUUUGUCUUUAUAGAUAUAUUCUGUCUAAUACCCUAUCAACAACAACAAAAAAUGUUUUAAAAAUCGAAAUUGCUAAUACUUUUACGAGACAUUUCAGUAUCGAUUUAUCUGGAAACCUUGAUUUCAGUUAUUUUAGUUAUUUUAAUGUUUUUAUAACUAAAUGAAAAUUUCCUUAUAACUGUUUUGCAUUUUCAAUGCAAAAUUCAUUGAUUGAUUAAUUUCGAAUAAUCCACUGAAAUUCAUAUUGUUUUGAGUGUCCAUGCUAAUAUUUUUAUUUUUGCAUAAACUAUUGUUUCGAUGACAGCAUCAAAAUCAGGUAAUAUCUUAGCAUAUGACAUUAACUUAACGGGAAGGAUUGUUUCGUUAAAGCCGUAUUGCAACAUUAUCUGUAAUAAAAAAAGAAAACAACGAAAAAAUUAUAUUUUUUUGAAACCUGGUUCUAGAAACAAUGAAUUAUCAAUGCUAAAACUUGAUCGCGUCAUUUCGUUAAAGCCGUAUUGCAGCAUUAUUUGUAAUCAAAGAGAAAAACAACGGAAAGAUUAAUAUUUUUUAAGAACCUGGUUCUAGAAACAAUGAAUUCUCAAUGCCAAAAUUUAAUCGUGUCGAAGAUUGCUUCUGGAUUUUUUUUUAAAUUCGAUUCACAAUUGAGAUUGACACCCUAAUAAUUUUUUUUUUGCUGGGGGUUAAAAACUCAAGCGGUUGAUUAAAGGUUCGAGCAAAUUGUCUCCCGAAAUGUGGAAUAGAGGGAGUAAGAAAUUUCUUAUCAAAUGUUGGAGAAAAAGACACCACGUGUUUCGUAGACAUUAGAACUUGUGAGAGUCAACAGACUUACUAAUUAUUAUUCCCAGUUGCAAGGCAAUUAAAGUGCCAGAAUGAGUGAGGAAUGGCGAAGCUCCAACGGACGUUAAAGCAUACGCUAACGCUAAGACACUAUUCUUGGACAUCGCAUGGUUUGGGGAUGCAACAUCAGAAGAUUCGCUUUCUAGCAUUUUCGGACCGAUGCGUCCAAAGCACCUUACCUGGGAAGUUUUUACGUUGAUAACUCUCUAUCUCUAAAGAAUUAUCUACAAACUCAAGAAUUGCGUGGUGUCCAUAGACUCAUGUUGUACUGAAGACUUGUCGCGUGUUUACAUAUUUUCAAGUAUAGUAAAAUGAAGUCUUGCAUUUUGAUGGGUUGUGAUGAUCAAAGUGAACCAUGCUGAAGGUGCCUGUUAAAAUUGCCUAAAAUUGAAUGGGUGUCGUUGUUCUGUACAUUUUCAGCACACACGCCGGCCGGUAUAGCGACCAAGAAGACCAGUAGAGCCUCACGAACCCUUUAAAGUCUUAGGUUAGGUGAAUUACAGUAAUUUUCUCAGAUACUGUCAAGUGGUGAUACCACAACUAGGGGGAAAUGUCAAACUGCCAUGUUAUUGUUGAAUCAUCUUUCUUCAUAUUAUUUUACCUUCAAAUCUAUUUCUUUUUCGUUGUCUUAUUUGUCAUUUUCACUCCACAGAUAUUUGCUUAGAUAUUUUAAGGAGGGGCUGUACGCAGUAAAGGCAAAUUUGGUAGACCUUACUUCACAUGUAAAUACACAUAUAUACACGUAUAUUAGUGUUUUUUUAUCAGAGUUUGAUAUCACAAAACGAUGGAGGAAAGAAACAUCAAGUAUGGCCUUUAACAUAUCAUUCGUAAGCUUUCAUUAUUAUUUAGAUUUGUUUUGUUUCCUUGCUUAUAUGAAGAAAUGAACAUAAUAUACAUGGAGAAAAAACACCUUCCAAGAUCUAAGGAAUGGAUGUUGAAAUUAAGGGAAUCUGUCUGAUAAAUAAGCCCCCGUAAGCUUUUUAAUUUUCAUUUUUUUUUCAUGAAGUGGCUUAGGGAUUGAUAUUUUCUUAAGAGGCUUUAUUUCUUAGAAUAUUUAGAGCCUUUAGACUUGUAACACACUGUGUAGUAGCAAUGUCAGUUGCACAUAUGUUAAAUAUUGAUGUACUAAGUGUUCGUAUUUUCGUAGUUAUUCCAUUCAAAAUUUUCAGAAUAAACAAUAUUUAGUUCACAUGUUACCAUCAAAACGUAUGGAAAAGUUACAUUAGAAAUCAUGUUAGUUUUACAUUCGUAUGCAAAUUUUCAAUGAUAAUGAAAAGCAAUGUGUUAUUGAAUUUCAUGUUACAACUAUUACCCUCAUUGGGAAAAAAAGAUGACUUAACCGAUUACUUUCAAAAGGUCUGGAAAAUCGGAUGAAAAUGGUGUUUCUUUCAGUUUUCAUUCAAAUUACAAAUGAUACAUGCAAAAGCCAUUUUGAUAUAAAUGUCUGGGUCACAACUUUACAUGUACCUCGUACAUAAAUAAUGAUCAAUAUCUCCGUCCAUCCACUUUGUGACUGCGUGUCUCAGUUUCAGAUAGAUUCAAGAAAGAUGAAUUUCACAAGAUUUACAUAAUUUCUUACCUUCCGGCAAGACAAUGACAUCACUUCGAAAUGUGUUCUAGUGUAACUAAACUGAACUUGGGCUUCAUGAAAAUCUUACCCACUGGCAAUUCAAUUGUCAGAGGAAAAGCAUGAAAGAUGAAAGGAUAUAUUGAUUUUGUUACGAAAUGUAGAAAAUCAUAAAUUUCACAUUGUUCUAUUUAAUUGCUAAUGAGUGAGUAACAUUGACAUAAGAUUGUCUGAAACGCUUUUCUUUUCUUCUUAAGUCAAUCUUAUGUCAUUUUCAUUUUGAUAUAUUUCAUACUAUGUUAUAUCAUGUAUUAUUUCAUCCUAUAUUAUAUUCAUAUUUUAUAUUCUUUUUAUCCAAAAUUAUUCCACUUCUGAUCUUUUCAAGGAAAAGUAUAUAAGCUGGAUUCCGCAUUUGGCGCAAACAAUGGUUGUCAGAAGUAUAUUCCUUGAGUGAAGAUUUUUUGAAAAAAAUUAUUUAUUGCUUUUAUUUCCAAAUUAAUAAUUGAAAUGUAACCCAUGCCCCUUAGACCAUCCCUAAAAAUCAACAUUAAGAACCUAGCUGAAAAAAUAUGCUCAAAUUCUAAUUAAAUGUAAAAUCGUUUUUGCAAACAGCAAACAUCACGACUCGAGUUGAUUCCAGAAUAAUUUUUGCUGUUUUAUUUUAUCAAUUUGUAAAGGAGAGACUCCAUUAUACACUCCCUCAUGAGAAAAAAUCAAUACAUUACUCUAUAUUCGUAAUUAAAGCGCCUAGCACUCUAUUGAUUUUGGUUGACGAAAACUCUUGGUCCGCCAUGUUCUGCUCCAUGUUAUGAUGAUAUUGACUCAGAUGUACCAAAAAGUAACCAAUAUUUGGUUCUUCCUCUCCUAAAUGGUGAGGGAAGAUCUGAAGUAGUAUGGCCAUGUCAUAAUUUCCAGUGAACAUUGUUUUAUCAUAAUGUUUGUACAGUGUCAACUGCUGAUAUUCACUUCCCUCGUUGUUACUGUGCUUCUGCCUAUAUCGGUAAAUUGCUUAUCAUAAUUCAUAUCUUUAAUGUGUGUCAAAAAGAAGCAUGGUAAUAAACUCAAUAUUUAGGGAAAUUAAGGUCGCAUUGAUGAUACUCUUAUAUCAAGAAUCAUCAACGACAUUUAUUUCAAUGCCCACCCCCCAUAUAAAGAGAAAACUGAGAAUCUCGAUGGAUUAUGAAAAUACCCUAUGCUGAAUUGCUUAACAUCUUUAUAAAAUAUAUCCUCCUAACGAAAUCACGCCAGUAGAAAUUGGCAGCUAAAGUAAUGGCUAGAUGAAACAUGAAUUCUCGUUACGACAAAUUGUUGAAAAGGCCGACGACAUUAAAAUGAUUUAAUUGAAUUAUCUUUGGUUGAAUCUGAAUAUCAUCGUCAGAUUAGUUUUGUUCAUGUACUGCCUUACUCGUGGAAAUGAUGGAAUAUGAAACGAAAGAAUUUGUUUCUAUCAAAGAGAGAAGCAAAUGUUCUCAAUUAAAAGUCAGUACAAUGCCAUGUAUUGCCUGACGUAGAACAUGGAUGAUGAUGCUUUGUUUACAAUGUUAAAAAAUGUUAUGAGAAAUGGAAAACAUGUAUAUGUAAUUCAUAAUUUGUAGUUGUUAUUUUUUGCCGUUCUACAUUUUGAAUUCAUGAUUUGCUUUGGAACACGAUCGAGCCAAAUUAGGAUUUUGAUUUAAAUCCUAUACAAUUAUCACAACUCAUUUAAGCCAUGUAAACGUAAAUCAAUAAUGUUCAGCUGGCUACGAUUCAAAAUCGAUCAGGAUCUCUUAAAAUUAUGUAAUUUAGAUGUGAUUUACCGUACUAAAACUAAAUGAAAAACUUUAUCAAUGUGUCACUAUGUAUUGCAGGUUUUGAGGUUGUAAAGUGACGGUGAAAAUCAUUUGACUUUGUUAUUUUCGCAUUACAUGCACAAUCUUCAUUGAGUGCAUACAUAUUGCCAUGUUACUAUUUGUUCACAGUGUUUCACUUUUCCCUCUCUUCUCUCUUUCUUCCUUUUUUCUUUUCUUUCUUACUAUCUUUUUUAUCUCCUUUAUUUUCUCGUUUGUUUUUAUUCAUCUUUAUUAUUUCUCACUAUCUAUAGCUUCCUCUCAAUUUCUCUAUAUUAUUUCAUUGGAGUAUUAUUUCAUCUUUCAGUCAUGGUCACUGCAAGAUUUGAUAAACCAAUGUAUCGAUACCGAUUCUCCUUAUUGUCAUGUGUGUGUGUGUUUGAAUUGUAUAAAUUAUAAAUUAUUGUAAAUCUUGUAGAUAUGUUCAAAUUGAAACAAAUUCAUUUAUUUCGUCCAAAAGCUUUGUAAAUAAGAUGGAUAUAACACCACAUGUGAAUAAAGUAUGUUGGGAAAA